AUGACCGACAGGACAAUUGUUUUGGAAAUCAAUCUGAAAAACGACAACCGCAAUGAAUUCUCAUACAUCGACUUGGUCGAAUGCAAGCUGGGUGUAAAGUCGGACUUAAAUGGAUCAAUCGACAAUCAAGACUCGUAUCUUGUGGAACUGGCGAAGUCCUUCGAGAAGAAAUAUGGUCAAAUGCUAACAGUCAAAAAUAAAGGCAAGAAGAGGAGACUUCGCGUGGAUGAUUUCAUAGAUCAUGGUGAAGGUUAUGAUUCCCAGGACUCUUUCAUAGAUGAUUCCGAAGCUGUAGAGUUGGUGGUCGCUCCCACUCUCUCAACAAAACAUGGAGGUUUCUUUAUCAAUGAAGGAUUCCUGGAAAGCAUUGAGGACAAAUCUAUGGAUAUCGAGCCGCCUCCAGGUGCUCAGAAGCAGCCAAAAAUUGAUCUGACAUCUUCACCCACCCCAUCAAAGCGACCGAAUUUUAAAAAGGACAAAUCAAAGCAACUACUGCAGAGGGCUGUUAAGCAGUUAGCUGCCCCUGCUUCGUCGACGGCAAAUAAGACCACAAAGAGCGGACUCAGUUCUCUUGAUGCCGUGUUUGAGUCCGUUCUUUCGUCUGUCCCCACGACAAACGAUAUGACUAAAUCGCCUAUUUUGAAUACAGAAAACCUCAAGACUUCAUACAAGUCACCCGUACAAGCACCAAAUAACAGCGCGUCUACACUGAAGUUCGCGUCAGCUACUAAUUCACACAAUGACUCCCGUCUUUUGCCGCCUAUUCCAGAUAAUCUUCUCAGUGAAGUUCGGAAGCUUUUGGCUUUCAAACCAUCUACUUCGGUCGCAGCAAAAUCUACAUUUUCACCCCAAUUCGAUACUGUUUCAAAAGCUAUGUCUGACAUUCUGUUUGCGUAUAAUCGCGACAUUGCAAGCUACCAGGAACGCUUGAAUACAUGGGAGACCGAGUAA